CAUGCGCAGAGGGUUUGCGGUUAUGCCCGACGGGGCCAGGCCCACAGCGGGAAGAAUGGGUGGGGCGCGGCCUCGUCGCCGUCUGGGGGCGGGCGCCGUGUGAUUGACAGGUGGUGGGCCGCGCCCCCAACGCGUCCGAGUGAGGGGCCGCCGUGACAGCCCCGGUAUUCGUGAGCACCUCCGGGAUUAUCUGUGAGCCCCUGGGGAUAUGUGACCCCAAUGGGGAGCAUCUCUGACCCAAGUGAGGGGGUAUUUGUGAUCGCUACGGAACAUCUGUGACUAAUGGUGGGUAUGUGACCCCCACGGGUACCAGUGACCCCAGUGAAGAGGUAUCUGCGAUCCUCAUGGGGUAUCUGCUCCUCUGGGGCCAACUGACAUCCAUGGGGGCGGGGUAUCCGUCAUCUCUGAGGGGGAUAUCUGCGACCCCACUAGGGGAUAUCUUCCCCCCUCCUCAGGGCAUCUGUGAUCCCCCGGACAUGUCUCCCCCCAUCCUGGAAAUAUCUGCCCCUUCCAAGGUAUCUUACCUCCCUCCCCCCGCAGAGGCAUGUCUCACACUGGCGGGUUUCUGUCCCUCCCUAGACACAGGUGACUGCUCUCCCCUCCAUGGGGUAUCUGUGAUCCCCCGAAGUACCUGUAAUUCGAUGAGGGGUACUUGCCUCUACCCUGUGGCCAUCCGUGACCCCACAGGGCUACCCGCCCCCACCAAAAACAUCUCUCACCCACUGUGGUGUUCCCCCAGUCACUCACAGGGACCCUGUGGUGUUGGGGGGCCAGGUCCUGCCUCUUGUGCUGGUGUCACGGAAUCAGGCCACCACCUCCUACAGGAGGGAAGGAAAAACAGCCACAGGUGGAUUUUGGCUAGCGCUGGCCCCAGCCUGGCGCCGGGAGGAUGAAUCCCAGCUGUAUGCGGGGCUGGGGGGGGCCCCAGCAGAGUGUCAAUCCAGAACACAGCAGGGUGCCAGGGCGGGGUGCCCCAGUGCUGCCCAAUCCGCCGCAUUCCCACGUCCCGUGAUCAGUGGCCAAGGGUUGUGCUGCACCCCGACCUUUGAGAUGAGCUGGGUUCAUCCCACGGCACCCGGAGCCCAGCUGCCCCCCAGGUAAGAGCCCCCACCCCUGGCACCCCCCGGGUAAGAUCCCUGACCCCAUUGUUGGUGGUCCUGGGCAGUGACCAUGUGCUGCCGCGCUUCCACAUGCACAGUGGGGGACUUUGUCCCUGCCGCCUCCGCUUCUCUCAGUGCUGCUAUCCUGACCUGCUGUCGCCCUGGCAGAGCGAUGGCAGCAAUACUGUCUCUGCUGGUGCUGGUGGCCUGGCCAGCUGCCGCCGCAGCAGCAACAGCAACACAGGACUCGCUGCUCAAUAUCUGCAUGGACGCCAAACACCAUAAAACAAAGCCUGGCCCUGAGGGUCAGCUCUACGGACAGUGUGUCCUCUGGAAGGACAACGCCUGCUGCACUGCCAACACCAGUGUGGAAGCCCACCAGGAUCAGUCCUACCUGUACAACUUCAACUGGGACCACUGUGGGGCCAUGCCAGAGAAGUGCAAGCGCCACUUCAUCCAAGACACGUGUCUCUAUGAGUGUUCCCCCAACCUGGGGCCAUGGAUUGACCAGGCAGACAACAGCUGGCGGAAGGAGCGGAUCCGGGAUGUGCCACUGUGCCAGGAGGACUGUGAGCAGUGGUGGGAGGAUUGCCAGGACGCUGUCACCUGCAAGGUCAACUGGCACAAGGGCUGGAACUGGACUACAGGCACCAACCAAUGUCCUAAGGGUGCCAUGUGCCAGAAGUUCAAGUUCGUGUUCCCCACGGCGGCUGCACUCUGUGAGCAGAUCUGGUCUGGCUCCUACCGCUACACGUCCUACCACCGUGGCAGUGGUCGCUGCAUCCAGAUGUGGUUUGAUCCUGCACAGGGGAACCCCAAUGUCGCCGUCGCCCAAUAUUAUGCCCGUGGCAAUGCUCCCCCAAACUCCCCACUCUCCAUCCUGCUGUCCCUGCUGCCCCUCACCCUCCUGGCCCUGCUCUGAGCAGGAGGGGCUGCAGGCAGGAGCAGGCAGUAGAUAGUCAGUGGGGUCACCAGGUUGCCUUGUGCCUCCCCAUGGGAUGUCCCCAAGCUGUGUCCCCCCCCCAGCCACGUGGCUCAUGAAUAAA